CUGUUUGGCAGUGAAGCCUUGACUGACAUCCAUCAUCCCUGGACCUCUAUGGAUUCGUUGCCUGCCUCUUUUUGAGAUCUUUCCAGAGUCGCCUCUCUUCAUUCGUCUUGUGAUUACCUUGUCGCUUUGGUGUGUUUGGAUCAUGGCCAUGAAGGAAAUUAUACUCCCUAUCAGCGAGGUGUCAAGUCCGUACCCGGAGGUCGUGGAACUCAAUGUGGGCGGCCAGGUGUAUGUCACCAAGCGCUCCACUCUGGUCAGCAUACCUGACACCACCCUUCACACCAUGUUCACACGGUGCAACCCGCACGAGUUGCCCCGCGACAGCAGAGGGCGCUUCUUCAUCGACCGCGAUGGCUUCUUGUUCCGAUACGUGCUGGACUUUCUACGGGACCGCCAGCUCGUGCUACCUGAACACUUCCCGGAGCGGGAACGUCUUCAACGUGAGGCCGAGCACUUCCAGUUGGGGGAACUUCUGAGACUUCUGAGCCCGCGUGUAGCCAAGCAAGGCUCGCUCAACGACGAAGGCUGCCAGAGUGACAUUGAGGAAAGUUCACAGAGUAGCGAGUUGGUGACUCGAACUGGAAACAGCGCCACCAACUAUGCAACUUCCUCUUCCACCCUGGACAAGAGGUCAGGGUUCAUUACGAUUGGUUAUCGGGGAUCCUACACGAUGGUGAGGGAUAACCAAGCCGAUGCUAAGUUUAGGCGCGUGGCGCGGAUCAUGGUCUGUGGGCGUAUCGCUUUGGCGAAGGAGGUGUUCGGGGACACUCUAAAUGAAAGUCGGGAUCCUGACCGUCCACCAGAGAAAUACACAUCGCGCUUCUACCUGAAGUUCACCUACCUUGAGCAAGCGUUCGACAGAUUGAGCGAGGUUGGGUUCCAGAUGGUGGCCUGCAACUCAACCGGAACAGCUGCGUUUGUUAACCAGUACAGAGACGACAAGAUCUGGAGCAGCUAUACCGAGUACAUUUUCUUCAGACCUGCCUGCAAGUCAGCAUCCCCUAAACUGGAGCGUGAGGAGCCCAAGUCUGAGAAACUGCUGGAUAAGGCCAGUGAGAGCGGAGCCUCGUUGAACGAGCUCUCCACAUCCAGCUCUGAGACCCACUCAGAGGCCACGUCUCCCCAGGACGGGGGCCCCAUCCUGGUGUCACGUGGUGAGGUCGUGGGGGGCUCCCUGGCCCCAUGUGGCGCCCUGCACUCUGUAUCUCGGCCUCCAAGCACUCUUACUCUCGGCCGACCGCCCAAGAAAGGUUCCUCCGUGCAGUGGAUGGAGCUGCCGGAUAAGAGGAGAAACAGUGAGCUGUUUCAGUCCCUCACCAGUGGAGUGGGUUCACGGGAAGGUGGGGGAAGCGGUUUAACCCGGAGAAAGACUCUGGAGAGGCCCAAUGCAGAGGAGGAAAUGAAAGAGUGUAUCCGAGAUUUCCGAAAGAUCAAGAUCCCCCCGGCGUUCCCAGAGCGCAAACGGCAGUGGCAGUCAGAACUUCUUCAGAAAUACGGCCUAUAAGGGAAACUCAGGAUAGGGAACUGUUUUAAACUAUCCAAUAUUCUCAAUCGCACACAGUAGAUUGUCCAUCAGACUUUGAGGUCCUUAAGAAAACUUGAGCCAACAAAA